GCCCCCUCUUCUUGUCACCUUAGGCGCCUGUCACCCAAAGCAAGGACUUGCAUUAACUUGAUUAAUUGGAUACAUUGAUGAGGGGUGUUGGCUGGAUUUAGAAGCGUAUAUAUUGAUCGUGCCAUCGUACAACCGUCAGAGUGAAAUCAUUCUCAGUCUUGGGAGGAACUUGAACGCAACCGGACUUCCAUUCGUCUUGAAGUGAACAACCAAGAGGUUUGAAUCUAGAAAAAAGGACAGCAACAUGGACAGCGUGAACAGGAAAGUGGUGAAGAAGGGGGGACAGACACACAAGGAUGGAGUUGAAGUGAGCCGAGUCAUCAGAAUUGGGACCAGACAGAGCCAGCUGGCCCGCAUCCAGACAAACUAUGUGGCUGAAAAACUCAAGACUCUGUAUCCAGAUGUCCAUCUGGAAAUAGUUGCCCUAUCCACAAUUGGUGCCAUAAUCCAGGACCCUGCUUUACCAAAGAUUGACGUGAAAGUUCUUUUUACUAAAGAACUGGAGAAUGCUUUGGAGAAGAAUGAGGUAUACAUUGUAGUGCACUCUUUGAAAGAUCUUCCAACUACUCUGCCACCAGGGUCUACUAUUGGAGCUGUGCUUCAACGUGAAAACCCCCUUGAUGCAGUGGUGCUUCAUCCAAAGAAUGCUGGACUCACUCUGGACACCUUGCCAAGUGACAGUGUGAUUGGGACAAGCUCUGUGCGCCGGGCAGCCCAACUGAAGAAGAGGUUUCCCCACCUGGAGUUUAAGCAAAUUCAAGGUGAACUCGACAUUCAUCUUAAGAAUCUCGAUGACAAGGAAGAGUACGCUGCCAUCGUCCAAGCAGUAGCAGGCCUGAAGAGGACAGGCCGGGAAGGACGAAUCAGUCAGAUUCUGGGACCUGAAGACUGUAUGUAUGCUGUUGGCCAGGGGGCCCUGGCAGUAAAGGUGCGUGCGCAGGAUAGUGACAUCCUGGAGAUGGUUUCCACCCUGCACCACCCAGAUACAGUGCUCCGCUGCAUUGCAGAGCGUGCCUUCCUCAAACACCUGGAGAAAAGUUGCAGCCUACCAGUUGCUGUUCACACAGUAAAGGAUUUAAUGCUCUUCAUGACUGCGGCAGUGUUUAGCUUUGAUGGCGCAGAAAGCUUGAAGGAGGACAUGCAGACCAGUGUGGAUACUGGCAAACAGGGUAAAAAGCCAGCGGACACCCAGCAUGUUGGGAUAACAGCCCGCAACAUGCCACAGUCUUCCCAGGAUGCAGCAGAGAAGCUGGGAGUUGAUCUGGCUACUCGCCUGCUCAGCAAAGGAGCCAUGGGCAUUUCGACUACUGCUCGGCUGCUCAAUGUUGUCCGUUGAAGCAAUUGAUUAUUACUUCAAAACACUGUGCAAGCAGUCACCAAUGUUUACUCUAUAUAUGGGCAGAUUAUAUUUUAGGGGUAAUUUGAUCAAAGCAUAAAUUUGCAUGACCAUAUUUGUGUAACUCAUGGGGAUGUGGGAAAUUAAAUGAAUGGGUGCCUACUUUUUACCAUUACUGAGCAAUGUUGUCCGUUUAUCACUUGGGACAGCCGUAAUGAGUCCUAAAUUUAGCCAGAAUACCUAAAUGUAACAAAUCAGUGACUAUCACGAACGGUAUAUUUGAUUUAAGGAUUUUCUGUUGUGAACGUUUGUUUUAAUACAAUUAAAAUCUUUCAUUCCAUAUUCAAAAAGGUUAACGAUUUUG